UAAGCACCGCGAUACGAUUGCCAGCCAGCCAUUAUUGCUAAGCCGCUGCGCUGCCCCCACUGCCGCCGUACGCUUACCUCUGUUCCUCCAUUGUAUUACUACAUCAAUCGAGUUUGUGAAUACGAACGCAUGGAAAUGUCUUUAUUCCAAUCUUUCCAAAAGUAAUAAUUACUCGUUAAAUAAACAUAUUUUCAUUGACAAGACAUUCCAAAAUUGAGCAAUGGCUGCUCGUCUUUUAAAAGAUCCAGCAACUGCUGGAAGUCGAAUAUUUGUUGGCCACCUACAAACAGAAGAAAUGAAUCGCAAUGAGUUAGAAGAGCAUUUUUCAAAGUACGGAACUGUAGUUGGUUCUUUAUUAAAUAGAGGUUUUGGUUUUGUACAAUUUGAAGAUGAACAGGCAGCUCAAAAUGCCAUAAAAAGUGAAAACGGAUCAAUGUUUAAGGGUCGAAGAAUAGAUGUAAAACCUGCUAAGAAGGAUGGUCCACCAAACAAUCUAUCAGGAGGAGGAUUUGGAAAUGAUUCUUUCAACAAUAAUUUUGGAGGAGGAAAUCAGAAUUUCAACAAUUCCAAUUCUUCAUUUGGAAAUGACAAUCAAUUUAGCAGAAGUGGAGGAGGUGGAGGUGGUGGAGGAAACUCUGGAAACAAUGCAUUUGGUGAUCAAGAUGAUUCAUUUGGCAGAAAUGAACCGUUCGGUUCCAAUAUAGGAGGGCCAUUUUCUAAUCGACCUAGUGGACCAGGUGGACCUGGAAAUCAAAACAUGAAUAAGAAUCAAAAUCAAGGUGGAUCUAAUCAAGGAGGACCUGGAAAUAGGGGCAGAGGAGCGAGGGGUGGCAAAAAUAGAAAAACUAGAGAUAAUCCUAUGGGUGGCAGUAUAGGAGUUGGAAUGGGCAGUGGUAUGGGUGGUGGUAUGGGAGGUGGUAUGGGAGGUGGAAUGGGAGGUGGAAUGGGAGGUGGAAUUGGUGGCGGCAUGGGACGUGGUAUGGGAGGCGGUAUGGGAGGUGGUAUGGGAGGCGGUAUGGGAGGCGGUAUGGGAGGUAGUAUGGAUGAUCCAAUGUCAGACGAUCCCUUUAGCGAUCGUAUGGGUCCCGGAGGAUUGGGAAGUGGCAUAGGAGAUUCAUUGGGAGGACCAAGCUUGGGAUCACGUUUCCGAUCGACUUUAGGAGGAAGUUUAAGCAGUAGUCUCGGAAGCAAUCUUGGCAGUAGUCUUGGCAGUAGUCUUGGCAGCAGUCUAGGAAGUAGUCUUGUAGGAGGACUUGGCAGUAGUUUGGGCAGUAGCUUGGGUAGCAGUCUAGGCAGUGGUUUGGGUAGUAGCCUGGGAAGUAGUUUCCGCGAACGCAGUCCUAUUGGAAGGUCAAGUCGCUUAGAUGAUAAUAAACCUCCACCUCUUUCAUCUUGGGAGCUUAAUAAGCCAUCUGGCCCUAGUGGACCAGGGGGACGUGGAAACUUUGCUGGUGGAAAUUUUGGAGAUCCUAAAAGUCGCUUCGAUGAUUUCAAAGGCCCGGGACCUAUUCGAGAUUCUGGCCCAAGUUUUGGUCCAUCUGCUGCGCCACCAAAUGACUAUCCAUCUAUUGCAGCGGAAAAAAAUGAUUGUGAAAUCAUUGUCGUUAACAAAGCAUUAACAGAGUACGCUGAAACGAUUGAAUCACGGUUGAAGAAAUUAGGAUUGACAGUUGACUUGCUAUUCCCGAAUGAAGAUGUUCCUUUAACACGAGUUCUUGGAAACAUUGCUAGCCGCGGAUGCUUGUACGCUAUUGUCAUUGCUCCAACAAACAAAGAUCAUCAUUCUUUAACUCUAAAUAUUCUUCAUGGGUUACCUCAAGAACACAGAAACAUGCCAGUAGACGAUGCCAUCAAUCUAAUAAUGCGUGAUUUCAACAAUUAUAAGUCCGGUGGUCGUUCGGUGCCAGCAAACGCUCCUCCAGCACAAGAACGUCAUCCAGAUGCUAUCCAAGUACUCUUAAAUAUGCUUGCUGAAAAUUUGCAAUUGACGGUACUUCAGUACGAAAGGGUUCUAAAGUAUCUAGAAGCGAGGCGAGAAGAACAAGUACAAUUCGAGUUGGGUGAAGACGCAAAAAAUUUAGGCCCAAGCUUAGUUAGUGAUCCAAAACAGGCUGAACUGCAAUCACGAAUACUCAACAUUUUAAACAGUAAUAAGAGCAAUUCAUCAACAACGCCGACUACAACAGUCACAACGGCAGCACCAAGUCCAGUGCCGCCACCAGCAGCAGUUUCCACGAACGUGUCUGGCAACUCAUCAGUUACGACACCAAGCACAGUGGCUCAGUCACCGUUGUUGAAAGAUCCCACAGUACAGAAGGCACUUGAUAGUCUUUUGCUCUCAGGCAAUCUGUUAAAAAACAUUGGGGAUCAGCCAACACCUAACUCAUCAGGAGCUCCUCCGCUUUUUGCUGCUUUUCCUAAUAUUAAUCGAUUCUAAUAUCCUCUU